AUGAGUACUGUGCAAGGAACUCCUUCAUUCACAGGGGACAAGCCCCGUACACCCCUUGUUAGCACUUUGUGCCAAAUUAGAGAAAGCACAACAUUAAGAACUCUGGCUUGUGAUGGGUUGUGGACUUGCUCUCUGAGUGGUGACAUGCAGAGGAAGGCAGUGUCCAUUUCCCUCUAUCUUUGUGCAUCGCUCUUAGUAACAUUAACCGAGAGUAUUGGUGCUUAUGGUGUGACUCCUCCUCCUGAGACCAAAUCCACUCCUGAUAAUCCACAAGCAGUGUCAAAUGAAUCACAGGCCUUUCUAACCCAGGGUCCUGUCCCCGGACACCCACCCAAUUGCUCAAAUAUCAUAGAUGAAAAGUGUUCUGUUAUUCUAGCCAUAACAUGCAAAUUUUACCUUGUACUAUAUGGCUUUGUGAAACUGAAGUAUACCCCAAAAAUAAGACACAUCCCUAAAACCCUCCUUCCCUCACACAUCUACUCCUCAUCUCCCACAAAAAAUAGUGCAAUAUUCAAACUGUUCAACUGUUUGAAGAACUUUAUAGUUGAAGGCUUCUUGCAAAUGAGUACACUAUCAGGAAAUCAGAUAUUAGAAACUAUUUGCCCGAGUUGGGGCAAAGAAGCCAGAAAAGGGCCAUCCACCCAAGGGAAAGAGGGCAAAAGAAAAGCUGUUGUCAUUGACUCAGAUGAGGAAGAUCCCCUUCCUUCCCCCAAUAAGAAGAGAGUUUUAGCUUCUGACUCUGAUGAUGAUAUCUUCUGUGUGACUAAAAAUAAAAAACAAAUCAAGAAAGAAGAGCCAGCAGCAUUACCCAAACCAACCCACCCCAAAAUUAAAACCUGUGGCUCCUUCAGAUUUUUUGGAACUUCACCAUUGAUCAGAAAAAGAGGAGAGGAAACCAGCAGAGACAGCAGUAUAGAUGAUAACAGUGAUGAUGACUUCGAGAAAACUCUGGAGCAGCUUGACAGGCAGCAGCAGCAUGCAUCCAAGAGACCAAAACAGGAGACCAAGUCUCCCUCAGGGAAGGAGACAAAGCCAAAGCCAAAUGAAAAUAGCCCUCCAAAUAAGGACAGUCCUAAGGGAGGUCUAGCAAGUAAAUUGUCAGCUAAACUAAAAGAGAGCACUGAUAUAAAAGCGAUAAAGGAUGAGAAAACAACACCGCAAAAAGAUAAGGAAAAAUUGCAUAGCCAUGAAAAAAAAAAAAAAUACAAAGCUGAGAAGCAUGAAGAUGUACAAUCUCCAAAUGAGAAGGAUAAGAAUAUAAUUGCAGAGAAAAAGGAGAGAAUAAGUCCCAAGAAGGAGAAAAUUACACCUAAGAAAGAGAAAGGCAAUCCAUCAGACAAAGAAGCAUUAUCAGUAGUGAAAAAGAAAACCCCUAAAAAGAGUGAGACAAGUGAAAGUGAAGAAGUUGGAUCCACCCCCCAGCCAGAGGAAAAGAAGAAAAAUUCAAAGGCAGCUUAUCUUAAGUUUUUGCAGAGAUCUGGGCCCAGUAAUCCAGGCAGCAAAGAGAUUCCUGAGGGGGAGCCAGACUGUCUGCAAGGCCUUGUGUUUGUGCUUAGUGGUGUAUAUGAAAGUCUGGAUAGGGAGGAAGCCUCAGAGUUAAUUAAAAGACAUGGUGGCAAAGUCACAACGUCUGUCAGCCGCAAUACAUCCUAUCUUGUCUUGGGUAAUGAAGCUGGGGAAAGCAAAAUAAAGAAGGCAGAACAAUUAGGCACAAAACAUUUGGAUGAAGAUGGAUUAUUAGACCUCAUUCGUACACGCCCAGGAAAAGGAUCUAUGGAGAAAACUCCCAAGGAAGAAACACCUUGCAAACUUAAAGCAUUUGCAAAAGAAAGUAAAGGAAGUGCACUUGAGAAAUCUUGGCCCCCCCAGGAGUUGGUGAUUAGGCUUUUGUGUUCAGAAUAUGCUUGCCAAAGGAUUUGCUUAAGUCUUUGCGAUGGGUUUGGGAUGUACGGGCAUGCCAUGGCAUGGGGGACCAUUGCCGGGCAUAUACCAAUCAUAACAAUGUGUAAUGACAGGAAUCACCCUAAAAUUCGUUCAUUAGCCAAUCAUUGUUUUGACCUCAGAUUCUACAAACCAAGGAUUGAGCAAAUCAGGGGGCCAAUGAUGUCUAUAUGCUUCCGUGAGGGUAUCCAAAUUAAACCUGAUGCCCUCGAUCAGAUAAUCAUUGGAUCAAACCAGGACAUAAGGCAGAUCCUUCACCAUCUAUCUAUGUGGUCAGCCAAUGAAAAAAAUCUGCAAGUUGGUGAUAUGAAGCGAGAAGCAGAAAAAGCCAAGAAAGACAUGAAAAUGGGUCCAUGGGAUGUCUGUAAAAAAGUAUUUUCAGAGGCUGACCACAAAACAAUGAGUCUCUAUGAUAAGUCUGACCUGUUCUUCCAUGAUUAUUCCAUUGCACCCCUUUUUGUUCAAGAAAAUUAUCCAAAAGCUGUUCCACAUAUUGCCAGGUGUGUUGACAUUCCAGUUUUAGAGAACAUGUGUCUUGAUUUGACAAAAAUAAAAAUGGUUAAAGGAAACUGCCUUAUGUCCUGGUUGGGUCCAAUGAUUAUUUUGAUCGAGGGGCCUCAGGUUUUUUUUGGUACCCUCACGGAAGCAUAUAGACCCUCAUUGGGGCCCCCGAAACCAGUAAUUUAA